AUGUGUUUGUCCACUAAUGGCGAUACAAAUGCAAACAAUGUCAAGCCUUUGACAUCAAAUACUACAAAUCAGUCAUCAAAUAGUAGAUCAAUGAAAAAUAAUUCAAAUAAUGGAUUAGAAAAAAGCAAAAGAAGUGAACAUAAAAGUAAAGAAAAUGGUAAUAAAGAUAUGUAUGAUAUCUAUCGGUUACAUCAAACCAAUGACAUCAACAAAGAGUCCAAAGUGGACACCGAUAAGAAAGAGAGAGGAAAACUACAAACUGUUGGCGGAGUUUUCGGUGAAAUCAUUGCAGUGAUCGUAUCAGAAGUGGUUAAAAUGUUUGGAAAUAUGGUCAGUGAUGUGGCCCGAGAGGUCACCGCACAUGGAUUUGUCUCAGCUGCUCCGGUAUUAUCAACAAAACCCCCACUAGUGACUGGACUGCCCACUAAACAACCCGCACCUGCCUUUACAUUCGCAGUUUGGGAUGAAAACGGAUUUAUUUGCAUUUUGGCUAAAUUUGAGGCUUCAUUUACCGUGACUUACGAUAUUAAGGGAAACACUCAACCAUUAAAUGAUAGGAUUCCAGUGGACGCCAUUAGUAAAGGAAGAUGUGAUUAUCUAUUGGAUGAAAAGCCGGUAUUAGACGUUACAUGGAUCGGAGGAUUUACAUUUCGUAUGAUUUUUGAAAAGGUCGGAGACAAAAAUUGGGGCAUAAAUUCAAUAGAUUUAGUCUACAAUACGGCCGACUCGUUAUUCAAGGGAUCGAUAAAAGGUGGCAAAAAAGUAGCCCGUUCCAAGGAGGGCAGUCUCGGCAUGUUUAGCACACCACUGGGCAAAUCAUAUCUGUGUCCAUCGCCACCCGUUAUCAAUCUGUAUGAGUCUAAAACAGACAAACAAACAGUUGUAGUACGUCUGGCCAAUGUUGAGUUACAGGCAUUUCAAAUUGAAAAGGGAAAGUUUGCACCGGUUUCCCGAUGCAGUUCAGUUGGCUUUGGAUCCGGAGUUCAGGCGCCCAUAUAUACACUGACUCUUGAACAGGACGAUAGUGUACCCGUUGUUGUCGGAAGUAUUACUAUUAUGGUAUCCAUACUUGUGGUCGUUGGAUAUGCUGUCUACAGAUCCUGGUUUACCAGUCGUGUUGAUUAUGACACUAUGGGCUGAGUUUUCAGUUUACAAAUCAAUAUUUCAAUAGACAUGAGGUUUAACUAAUAAUGCCUUCAUUUAUGUCUUCCAUUAUUUACUGAGAAAAUCUUA